AGGGAGAGGAGGAGGUUUUAGUAUGUGGACAGAGACUGAGUUGAGUGUUUGAGGAGGAAGUCUUAAAAGCCAAAAUACAGACACUCAACUCACACACAACCUUCUCAUCUUCCAUAACCGCAUUUCUCUCCAUAUAAUCCCCCUCGCCACACCCACAUAUCCUCUCACCGCACCACCUCCCCGAAUUCCCAAAUCGUCUCCCAACUUCCAUUCCUCUUCUGCUCUCCGCCGGAAAUCAAGAAAUGAAGAAACUUUUCCGGGCUUGCGAACUCUGCGACCAGGAAGCCUCUUUCUACUGCCCCUCUGACUCCGCCUUCCUUUGCUCCCGCUGCGACGCCCGCGUCCACCAGGCCAACUUCCUCGUCGCCCGCCACGUCCGCCACCCUCUCUGCUCUAAUUGCAAAUCCGUCGCUGAAACCCCUGAUCGUCACUCUCUCUGCUCCUCCUGCUCGCCUGAAAUUUUUUCCGGAGAUUGCGACGGCGACGCCAUGUCGUCAUCGUCGGAUUGUUCCGCCUGCAUAUCCAGCACAGAAAUGGGGACCACAAAGACCGGAUACGAGAAUCCGAAAUCCGAGGGCUCCGUGACGGAGGUUUCCGGUUCAAAUACUCCGUACAGAUUCCCCGGCGCGAAGAGGAAUAUGCUGUGCAAAUUCUCCGGCGCCAAGAGAAAUUAUAGCGUACGGAGUGCGCGAGCAAGAACUUCAAGGCGAGUGGAUGCGAGAGCGGAGGGUAAUUUCGUAAAUUGGUGUAAGAACGUUGGGGUGAAUGGUAAUUUGGCGGCUGCGGUGGUUUCAACGGCGUCAAAUGCCUCGGGAUUUUGCCUGGAGCGGUUGGCGGGUGUGCCUCUGAGAGUAUCCCUUGCGGCGUCGUUUUGGUUCGGGUUGAGAUUCCGUGGGGAUAGGUCGGUUUCUACGUGUCAGAAUCUGAGACGGGUCGAGGUGCUAUCCGGAGUGCCGGCUAAGCUGAUCCUAGCCGUUGAAGCUAAGCUCGGGAGUGAGCUGAGGAUUAGGCGCGCACGACGGGACGAUCUGGAGGAAGGCUGGGCAGAGUGCUGAGACUUGAGUGUUUGGAGUCCUUUCGCACGUGCGAGUGCAAUGUACGCGUGUGAACUCUAAGUGUCAAGACUCAAUUAUGAUGGUCAUUAAUUAGUCAGUAUAACAUUUAAUUAGGCACCAGCUGGGGGCGAAAGGAUUAAAUUAACUUUGUAAUCUCGUUUUUUUUUUUCCUAAUUUUUUUAAGAUCACAAUUCACAACCCGAAAUUCUUGAAAAUCGAUCGAUCUUGGCCACAUUUUCAUCAUUAA